CACCAGCUGGCCGUGUCCAUCAUUACAGCCAAGUCUGAGAAUUCCUGAUUAUACUUAGAGCCUGUGGAGCUGCUGACACAAACAGUCAUUAGCAGACGACCCUUUUGGAACAAACCAUGCUUUAAAAUGUAAACUGUGGGGGCAUUUUCCUUGCAUUGUCCAGAAAAGAACUUUCUGCUGCCUGAGCCUGGAUUAAUCAUGAGAGAGCUCGUCAACAUUCCACUGGUACAUAUUCUUACUUUGGUUGCCUUCAGCGGGACUGAGAAACUUCCAAAAGCUCCUGUCAUCACCACUCCUCUUGAAACAGUGGAUGCCUUAGUUGAAGAAGUGGCUACUUUCAUGUGUGCAGUGGAAUCCUAUCCCCAGCCGGAAAUUUCCUGGACCAGAAAUAAAAUUCUCAUUAAGCUCUUUGAUACCCGGUACAGCAUUCGGGAGAACGGUCAGCUCCUCACCAUCCUGAGUGUGGAAGACAGCGAUGACGGGAUUUACUGCUGCAUAGCCAACAAUGGUGUGGGAGGAGCUGCUGAGAGUUGUGGAGCUCUGCAAGUGAAGAUGAAACCUAAAAUAACUCGUCCUCCCAUAAAUGUGAAAAUAAUAGAAGGAUUAAAGGCAGUUCUACCAUGCACUACAAUGGGUAACCCCAAACCAUCAGUGUCGUGGAUCAAGGGGGAUCGUGCUCUCAGGGAAAAUUCCCGGACUGCAGUUCUUGAAUCUGGGAGUUUAAGGAUUCAUAAUGUGCAAAAGGAAGAUGCAGGACAUUAUCGCUGUGUGGCAAAAAACAGCCUGGGGACAGCAUAUUCCAAAUUGGUGAAGCUGGAAGUUGAGGAAGAGAGUGAACCUGAGCAAGAAACUAAAGUUUUUGCCAGAAUCCUGCGGGCUCCUGAAUCCCACAAUGUCACCUUUGGCUCCUUUGUGACCCUGCGCUGCACAGCAACAGGCAUCCCAGUCCCCACCAUCACCUGGAUUGAAAACGGAAAUGCUGUUUCUUCUGGGUCCAUUCAAGAAAGUGUGAAAGACCGAGUGAUUGACUCAAAACUUCAGCUAUUUGUCACCAAGCCUGGACUCUACACAUGCAUAGCUACUAAUAAGCACGGAGAGAAAUUCAGUACUGCAAAAGCUGCAGCCACCAUUAGUAUAGCAGAAUGGAGUCAACCACAGAAAGAAAACAAAGGCUACUGCGCCCAGUACAGACGGGAGGUGUGUAAAGCUGUCCUGGCAAGAGAUGCUCUUGUUUUCUUCAACAACUCCUACGCAGACCCUGAGGAGGCCCAAGAACUACUGGUCCACACGGCCUGGAAUGAACUGAAGGCAGUGAGCCCGUUCUGCCGGCCAGCUGCAGAAGCCUUGCUGUGUAACCACAUCUUCCAAGAAUGCCACCCUGGGGUAGUACCUACACCUAUACCCAUUUGCAGAGAAUACUGCCUGGCGGUCAAGGAGCUCUUCUGUGCAAAAGAAUGGCUGGCGCUGGAAGAAAAGACCCACAGGGGACUCUACAGAUCUGAGAUGCAUCUGCUCUCUGUGCCAGAAUGCAACAAACUCCCCAGCAUGCACUGGGACCCCAUGGCCUGUACCAGACUGCCAUAUUUAGCAUUCCCGCCAAUGACAUCCUCAAAGCCGAGUGUGGACAUUCCAAAUGUGCCUUCCUCCUCUUCUUCCUCCUUCUCUGUCUCACCUACAUACUCCAUGACUGUAAUCAUCUCCAUCAUGUCCAGCUUUGCAAUAUUUGUGCUUCUUACCAUAAUCACCCUCUACUGCUGCCGACGACGAAAACAAUGGAAAAAUACGAAAAGAGAGUCAGCGGCAGUAACCCUCACUACUCUUCCUUCUGAGCUUUUGCUGGAUAGACUUCAUCCCAAUCCCAUGUACCAGAGGAUGCCACUCCUUCUGAAUCCCAAAUUACUCAGCCUGGAGUAUCCCAGGAAUAACAUUGAAUAUGUGAGAGAUAUUGGAGAGGGAGCAUUUGGAAGGGUCUUUCAAGCCAGGGCCCCAGGCUUACUUCCCUAUGAACCUUUCACAAUGGUGGCAGUGAAGAUGCUCAAAGAAGAAGCCUCAGCUGACAUGCAAGCAGACUUUCAGAGGGAGGCAGCCCUCAUGGCAGAAUUUGAUAAUCCUAACAUUGUGAAACUCUUAGGUGUGUGUGCCGUGGGGAAGCCGAUGUGCCUGCUCUUUGAAUACAUGGCCUUCGGUGACCUCAACGAGUUCCUCCGCAGCAUGUCCCCGCACACGGGGCGCAGUCUCAGCCCCGGUGACCUGCCUUCCCAGGCCCAGGCCUCCAGCCCCGGCCCCCCACCCCUCUCCUGCGCCGAGCAGCUGUGCAUCGCCAGGCAGGUGGCAGCGGGCAUGGCCUACCUCUCGGAGCGCAAGUUCGUCCACCGGGACUUAGCCACCAGAAACUGCCUGGUGGGAGAGAACAUGGUGGUGAAGAUCGCCGACUUCGGCCUCUCUAGAAACAUCUACUCAGCCGACUACUACAAAGCUAACGAAAACGAUGCCAUCCCCAUCCGCUGGAUGCCCCCGGAGUCCAUCUUCUACAACCGCUACACCACCGAGUCCGACGUGUGGGCCUACGGUGUGGUCCUGUGGGAGAUCUUCUCCUACGGCCUGCAGCCCUACUACGGGAUGGCCCACGAGGAGGUCAUCUACUACGUGCGGGAUGGCAACACCCUCUCCUGCCCGGACAACUGCCCCCUGGAACUCUACAAUCUGAUGCGCCUGUGUUGGAGCCAGCUGCCAGCCGACAGACCCAGUUUCACCAGCAUCCACCGAAUCCUGGCACGCAUGUGUGAGCGGGCCGAGGGAGGCCUGAGCGUCUGAGGUUCCAGCCAUGCGAAGAGGACCCUCCAGCCUCCUCUCAGACUCCGGGAGCCAGAGGCGCCCAACGCCAGAGGCCCCCAAGGGGGCCCAGAUAGGAAAGAAUAGUAGAGGCACAGGUACCUCCUGUUUCUCAGAAAAGACAAAGACUGCGCAGAACUCAUGGGUGGAUUGAAAGCGGGUGACCGGAAAGGCGGCGAGGAAAAGUGUCAGGUAACCGGAAGGAAGUAACUCCUCUUCCUCUUGGGGAAACGUUUGUAUUACAUAUUGUACGGGAAAGAACGUCAUCCUGUUCGGUUCCAGAAUUUGCUGGCAGCAGAGUCAGACUCUGCUGUAUUCAUUUUUAGAAUGAAAUGCAGUUGAGAGCUUCAUUUUUGAAUAGACUUAAUUCCUGUCCGUGAGGAAAGGAGUGUAUCUUCCUGUAAGAAAUUUAGCUCAAGCACAGAAAACUGAAAAGAAGGAAAACCCAUUUAUUGUCUCCCCACCCAAAGACGGGUGUGGAUUUUAAUUGAAUUUCUUUCUUGCGUUUAAUGCACAAUUUGUUUGUAUUCCACAGAGUUGUGGUUUACUUUACUGAUAGGAGCUUUCCAAGGAAUAAAAUGAUA